AUCAAGUGCCUAAACUCCAGCAGUCACUUCCUUGUCUUUGACUGGGUGGAGGGACCCUUCAGAUGAAUUAUAUGUUUCCUCAGCAGAAGGGUUUUAUUUCUCAUCACUGCUGCAUACAGAGCUGAGGUUGUGAGGAGAACAAGUGAGAAAUUACUCCACGAACCACAGAGAUUUACCUGCAGUUAUUCUGUGUUUCUGCCCAGGCAGUGAAUGGAAAAUGCCACGUUCCUUCUUGGUGAAGAGCAAAAAGGCUCACACCUAUCAUCAGCACCGCUUUGUGGAAGAUGACCUGCCUACAUUCACAUGGGAUCCAGUAACCCCUCCCUCCACUGCAAUAGCAGACAAGACACCAGAGGACAACAAGAGACAGGACCUAGAAUGCCUAGUUACAAAGCAAGAAAAGGACCCUUCUGAACUGAAAGAAGAAAGUAUUCCUGCACAAUAUCUGAGCAGGAUGGUGCCAGGCCCUUCAGCUACAGAGAUGGCCAUCCCAGGGCUGCAGAUCAAAGACUGCACUAAUGCGACAAGCACUCCUACCUUCUAUAAAACCAGCUUUUCUUGGGAUGCCUUCCAUUCGCCAUACAGCUACCGACAGAUGUCUUCCACUAUGCAGUCAGUCCUCUUGGAGCGCCCUGUAAGCCUGUAUGGAAGCCACCUCCUUCCAAGUGCUGAGCCUCCUUUAGAUUACAGCACGCAUUACUCCUCAGACAUGGAGACCUACCACUGUGUGAAGUGCAACAAGGUAUUUUCCACUCCCCAUGGACUGGAGGUCCAUGUCCGAAGGUCUCAUAGUGGGACCCGGCCCUUUGCUUGCGAAGUAUGUGGCAAAAGCUUUGGACAUGCGGUAAGCCUGGAGCAGCACACCAACAUUCACUCCCAGGAGAGAAGCUUUGAGUGCAAGAUGUGCGGGAAGACAUUCAAACGUUCCUCUACUCUGUCCACUCACCUUCUGAUCCAUUCAGACACGCGACCUUAUCCCUGCCAGUACUGUGGCAAGCGCUUCCACCAGAAGUCAGAUAUGAAGAAACACACUUAUAUCCACACUGGCGAGAAGCCCCACAAAUGCCAGGUAUGUGGCAAAGCCUUCAGCCAGAGCUCCAAUCUCAUCACCCACAGCCGUAAGCACACCGGCUUCAAGCCCUUCAGCUGUGAGCUCUGUGCUAAGGGCUUCCAGCGCAAGGUGGAUCUACGGAGGCACCGAGAGACCCAACACAAUCUCAAAUGAGGGACUUCCCCAGGUCUUUACCGGAGCUCCCAUUGCCAGUGCAUGCUCCAGGGAAGUAGAGUCUCCAUCUGGCACGGAGCUGCCCAACUCACUAAGGUCAUAUUGCUGCAUUCUCCUAGGGACUGGUAAAGCCAUGUCAUUGGCUUUGGUGAUCAGGCACCUACCCAGGAUCUUGCACAUCCCAGUAUGUGGCAAAGGAUCUAGGGGCAGCUCUCACUUUUUAAUUGCAGCAGAUACCGGGCCAGAUCUGACAUCACCUGCUCAAGUGCAAAUCCAGAGGAAUUGCUCCAAGGUCACUACCGCUCUGAAUUUACACCGUGUGCAGAGUUCAAUUCAUCAGAUUGACUGGUAAGGAGGUGGGAACUCCCGGACUCAUGGCACCAAAAAUCUGUGCCAAGCUGGUGCCUUAACCAUGUUCUGCUUUGAUGGUUAGGAAGAUAAGGCCAGGGCACGCAGAUAGAUUGCAUUCAGCGAGCUGUGUUCAACCUGGAGACGACUUUUGCAGAGACUUGCCCAGGUCAUAAAUUCUGGCAACAAACACCUAAAGACAUUUUCUUUCAACAGAGCAUGUACUGUGAUCAGGUGACAAAUUAACAGGGUUGUAUUUUUAGCUUGGAGUAGGAGGAAAAUACUGAAGAAAAUAGCUCCUCAGAUGCUCCCCUAGCUGAUAACAGGGGUCUCUGAAUACAUUCCUCAUCCACAUAGUACUGCAGAGAUCUUUGGAUUAGUGGCAACCAAGUGAGCUCCAGAAAAAGCCAGGCCAGAGCACAAGGCAUAAGCUAUUAAGUUCUGUGUCUCAGUACCAUGUGAGUGAGAGCUAGUUUCUCUCUCAAUUCUGCUAUGUUCUUACUAUACAGCCCCUGGUAAGACACUGUACUGCUCUGGGCUUUUAUUUCUCCACCACACCUGAUGACACAGAGACAUCCACUCAGGUUUGUAGAGUCCCUUGAAAUCUUCAGAGGAAGGGCAAAGUGUUAUUAUAGCAUUAAUAAGACAAGUGCUUUCAGGUAAGUAGGGCGUUGUAGCACUGGACAGACCACUCCCUGACUACAACCCCCCUGAACACACCAUCGGACCAUGACAUGAGCAGGAACUGGCCUGGAGAACAGGCUGUGGCACUAAUCAGUUCACUUCAAAAGCUUAAGAAGGAAAGCUGCCAUCACAGGCAAGAAAGAAACGGUACAAACAGAGAAUUCAUUUACUGCCAGGAGAAAAGAGGUCUGCUCCUAUCUUCAGUUACAAUGCUGUAAAUCCAAAGCCAUUUUCUCAACUGCAGAUUAAGACCUAAACUUGCCCCUGUUUUUAUCCUGUACCUAAGUUGUUAGUCAUUAAUAUGCACUCUGGAAACUCAAAACAGUAUCUGUACUCCUGGCUUUUCCUUGUACACUGUAAAUAUGUAUUUAUACUUAUUUUAAUGUAUAUUUUUAUUGCAAUAUAUCAGACAGUGGCAACAUGUACAGGCCUGCUGGGAUUUAUCCGGUAAAUCUGUUUCCUCUCAGUAACUGAACUAACACGAAGCACUGCAUAUAAAAAAAUCCAUUUUAAGAAAGGCUUGUAAUUAGCUCUGGAGACGCAGGCAGUGGGGAUGGAAGGAGAAAAGGAGAAGGGAGAAAGUACAGCACUAUCUUAUACAGCACUAUCUUAUACAAUGGCUUCUUGCCUUGAGGCUUUGACAUGCACAAGUGGAAAUCCAAGACGGAAAUUCACGUGCAGAACAGAGUUCUCAUAAAGAAAUAUGGUCAAAAGCUUGGAAGUGAAAAAAAAAAUAGUGGGGUGACUAGAAGAAAAGUGGGGACCAGGAGCCUAUUGGCUACAGAACACCCCACGAACCUCAUUCAUAAAGGCUGCGAUCAGAGGACAUUCAUCUUCAGAGGCAGAUAUGUGCAGAGCCCCAAACAGGCAGAAGUCAAUUCUUCAGAGCAAGAUAGGGCUGUGCAACUACAACCCCAUCAAACACCAUAGGACUGUGUGCCCAAGGGAUGGUGUUACUGAAGUCCCCUUGUUAAAACUGUGCUGCCCUAUACUGGGUCAUGGCAGAAUGUGGUCAGGGCAAGGACUCCAAGAAAGGUGUACAUGGAAGAUGUACAACUUGAGGAAAACCUAGGCUUGAGGAACUGGUCACCAAAUUCUGACUGUGACAUCAGGUGCACACAUGAUCCCGCACAUACACAUGCACAAAGCUUACUCAAGGUAAAGGCAUUUCAGCUUAUUAAAACUGCUGCCAAAAAUUAAAA